ACAAAGUGAAUGGUUUAUUUCACUGGGAGGGUAAGUAUGAGCAGUUUGAGAACGAGAAAUAUGUGGACUCCCACCAAACGCAAAGUAAUGUUGAUGAUGGUAAAAUCACGGUGUGGCAAGCAGGAUGGAAUAUUACAAACGCUAUUCAGGUAAAUUCAAACUUCGUUGCUUUGGAAUAAAUACUUUUUAGGACCGAUUUCUGAGAACAAAUAUUUGUGAGCAACGCGAAAAACUCGCAAAUCACAUACAUUUUUUUCUCUUGCAAAUUCAUAAGAUGUCAGAAAUGCUAACUGGAUGUUUCGAAUGCAUUUUCUAUAAAAUUCUAAACGCAAAAAGAUGUUGGAGUAAAUAUGAAAUAUUCUGAUAUACAUGUAAGACAUGGUUUCUUUGACAUUUUUUUCUUUUUUUUUUUAAGAGAAAAAAAUAUCGUAAGCUUAAGGAAAUAUACACUGUAAGGUCUCAAUAUUCUUUUCAGGGGAUGUUUCUGGUGAGUUUUCCAUACGCUCUUGUACAAGGAGGGUACUGGACACUACUAGUCAUCAGCGUUACCGCCGCUAUCUGCGCCCAUACCAGUCAAAUCAUCGUGGAAUGCCUGUAUGAAGAAGAUGCAAGUGGGCAGAAGGUUCGAGUCCGGAAUAGUUACGUUGAUAUUGCAAAUCGGGUCUGGGGCCUAAGAAUUGGGAAAGUUUUGCUGACCACUGCACAGAUAAUAGAACUAUCCUUCACUUGUAUCCUCUACAUUCUUGUAAGUGGAGAGCUUCUGUAUGGUUGUUUUCGGUCACGUGAUGUUAGCCUUGCCGCUUGGACCGUCAUAUGCACCAUACCACUUUUACCGUGUGCGUUCCUACAGAGUAUUCGACGAGUGUCUAGUUUAAGCUUUUGGUGUACAAUGGCACAUGUCGUAAUAAAUGCCGUAAUCAUAGUAUAUUGCUUCACCAAAGUUUCAGACUGGCACUGGGAUCAAAUGCCGGUGGAAAUUAACAUCUUCGAGUUUCCCGUGUCUCUUGGGAUCGUCGUAUUCAGUUACACAUCGCAGAUAUUUGCGCCAACACUGGAAGGUAAAAUGCGUAAUCCGGGGAGGUUUUCUCGCAUGACAUUUUGUACGCACAUCUGUGCUGCCGUAUUUAAGAGCGUGUUCGCUUAUGUUUGCUUUCUUACUUGGGGCAAAGAAACAAAAGAGGUUAUCACCAACAACUUGACCAUUCCAAGUCUCAAAACUUCUGUGGACUUGGUAUUGGUUGUAAAGGCCCUCCUUUCAUACCCGCUUCCUUACUUUGCUACACUGGAAAUCAUCGAACAAGAAUUCUUCACCUUGUUUAAUAACUCGUGUUGCACUCCAUGCUUUGAUGAUAAAAACAAGUUAAACACAUGGGCUGCUGCAAUGAGGAUUGCUUUCGUUGUCGCCACAAUGUUGCUCGCUGUGUUUCUUCCGCACUUUUCUAUACUGAUGGGCUUGGUAGGGAGUUUUACUGGAACCAUGCUUUCUUUAGUCUGGCCCUGUCAUUUCUACCUGCAGAUCCACGGUCAGAGACUGUCUUGGCAUAAGAAGUUUGUUAACUGGAUCAUCAUCGUCCUGGGACUCGCCGUUUGUUGCAUUGGAGUGUUUUAUUCCGGACUUGCUCUCCACCAUGCCGUACAUGGUCAAGGUGUUGCCAUGUCAAUGACCUUUAACCUCACACAGUUUUAGGAGUGCUCAUAAGAUAAGGAUUGUUGUAGUUCAUGUUGUAUGGUAAUGGCUUUUUCACCACUGCAUUUUUUAUAUUCAAUGUAAAGUGGUCAUAAAACGGCACGGCCAAUCCAAUAUAUAAUUUAUUCGUACAUCAAAGCGGGACAAUAUAUAUGAAAGACUUGUUUUAGAACUAUGCUGGAAA